UUAGAAAUAGUUUAGAAAUAUUAAAUUUAGUUUAGUUCCAAUUGACUUUAAAUAGAACUUACCUAGAAUAGAAAUUUAAUUCAAUAUUACUCCCUAACUGUGAAGUGACUAUUCUACCCCUAGGCUUAGAAAUAAUUCAAUCUUGCAUGCUCCCUUAAUUUUUGGACAUGUUAUCACUUGAGUAAAUGAAUUUCAUGUGGAGUAUCAGCUUCUGUUCUAGAUUUUUCCCUCUUUUGACCCUAGGCUUUGACCUAGUGGUUUGGACUCACUGUUUGGAUUAUGGAUUUCAGGUUUAAAGGCGCAUUGCCAUGAUUGGAGUGCCUCAUUCAUUUAAGCCUGAUUAUUGGUUGAUGUUGGCUAACAUUGUGUUGUUUUGUAGGCUUUGAGAACAAAUUCACUUGUGCUUGUGCCUAGCUCAUUGUCUGAUGACGCUUUGUCUGUCUGUUUAAUAUUGACUGUUGGUUGUUUGUCUAUACAGUUUAACUGAUUGUUUUAGAUUUUUUCACAGGUACCUAAGUGGCUUUGAGUUCAUUUUGAACUUUGCUUUGCUAGCUUGUGGUUGCUUACCACUGAGGUAUAAUCUUCUGACUUCAUGUAGUCUGGAAGACCUGGCCUGUUACUUGGCCAGGCAACUGUCUGAAGUCCUCCUUAAGAGGCAAUGAUUGUGGUUGUUUAUUUUUCGUGCCAAGCAGGUGAAAGUCCUUUAAAUAAGGCAAUUGGUGGAAGGUAGGGAUAAGCAAUCUAUCCCCCACUAUUCUGUGAGUCUUCUCCUUGCUCCCAUUACAUGGUUGUAGCAUUGAGAUCCAAACCCAAGAUCUAUCGAGUCUAAUUGGGGAAAGAGUUCCAUCUUUCUGAACUCCCCCACAUUCUUAUAUUUACAUGCUCUCUCGGACCUGAGAUAGAAGCAAUGAGGCACACCCCUCAUCACCUUUCAUCAGCUUCACCUUAGCCCCUCAAUGGCAAGGUUAAGAGCUAACCAGACCCCGAUAUAGAGGCUUGUUUGUUGAGGUUGAUAUGACCCCUCGACUAAAGCCUAGCCCUGAUGUUUGAGCCCCUUGUUGGUGUGUUUAUUUCAUGCUGUAUAUGUUUGUGUGGUGUGAUUGUAUCCCCUAGGUUUGCUAGACUCCGCGUAGUCUCGUUUGCAUGUCAAUUAAGGUAGCACGGUUCCUUCGUAUAGGACUUCCUUUCUUGCUUGAGCUUUCCUAAAACACAAACAAACAUUAUCCCCUCUUAAGGACACGUUAAUUCCUUCUACUACAGGUGAGUAAGUCUCCAAAGGUCGAGCAUCCGGUAGAUUGCGUAGUGGCGUUGUCCACUUAAAAAACACAAACCAACAGGAAUAGUUUAGCCGAACUACGGCAACUCUGAUUCUCAUGUUCAGGUGAGAUACGUAGGCACGAGAUGCGAUGUCUUGUCGAGUUUGACUAACAACUAACACUAAUUCUUUUCUCUCGCCCUCGUUGCGAUUGAGAUCUUCCCUUUCUCUUGCCCUAGUUGCAAUCGAGACCCUUCUUCUGCCUGUGUCUUUGUUUUGUGUUGUUGUGUGCUUGGAAGCUGAUGUAAGUCCAUCGAGUGGCAUUCGGGUUCCAGUGUUGGUGUGUGUUUUGGUUUGGAUGCUGAUGUAAGCCCAGUGAUUGGCAUUCAGGCUCCACGUUUGCCUCCUUGUUUGUGUUUUGGUUCGGAUGCUGAUGUAAGCCCAGUGAUUGGCAUUCAGGCUCCACGUUUGCCUUUGCCUGUGUUUGUUUGUGUGCAUGUUAGCCGAGCUACGGAUGCUCUGAUUCUCCUUCGUCCAGAGGAGAUACGUAUGCAUAGGAUGCGAUAUCCUAGCGAGCAUGUGUCGUUUCCCUAGUCUGAACUACUUUGACUCUGAUGUCUAUGCUUGACAGACUAAGUAGGCCCAGGAUGCGAUAUCCUGCCGAGUCAGUCUUGUCUGUUUUCUUGUGUCUCUUUCCAGCCUGUGUAGAUGAUUGUUUGAGCAGUGUUUUAGCAACCACUUUCCCUUCCUAUUGUGCGUGGAUCCCGUCGAGUACGACGGACGUGAGGGGUGCUAAUACCUUCCCCUUGCGUAACCGACUCCCGAUCCCAUUCUCUUUGGUCGCGAGACCAUUUCCUUUCCCGGUUUUUCUGAGCGUUUCCUUUCCCUAUUUUGGGAUAAAUAACGCGCAGUGGCGGCUCUGUUGUUUCUUUCUUUCCCGCCGGUUUUUCACGUAAUGCGACAUCUAGUUGCUAACAUUUGAUUGAUUUUUCAGGAUGAAAAGGUGCAAUGUUUAUGGAGAAUGAUCCAAGUCAAUUCAAUUGAUGUUGUUUGAUGUUUGUACACUAACACCACUUUGUUUUGUAGGUUGUGAAGUUUGGGGCUUGAACUUUGAGCUUGCCUUUGUUGUGCAUUAGUUUGUAUAGUCUGACUGAUUAAUACUUGCUGUUUAUUUUGUCUGUCUGAAUACUAACUGUGUUUGACUGUUUCCAGGUACUUUUAGUUGCUCAGUUCCUUGUGAACUUUUGCUUUGCUUUGCUUAAGCAACUUGCAUUGAGGUACAUUCCAGAGCUUGAUUCAUUGAUUGAGAUGGCAACAGUUCCCGAGCCGAAGCGGAAGACCUGUUCCUAUAGCUUUCACCGUGAGCCUCUGACAUCUCUGAUUGAGCUGAGUAGUCUUGUGACCAGUGAUCGUCUGAGGGGGUUCGUGGAUCAGUAUGGGGAUAUUCUGACUCUGUUGAAGAUGGUAGUCGACCCAGUGCUGUUGCAGACUCUUCUUCAAUUUUACGACCCAGAGCUUCGAUGUUUCACUUUCCAGGACUAUCAGUUGGCGCCUACUCUUGAGGAGUACUCCAUUCUGUUGGGUGUCCCUAUUCAGCAUCAGGUUCCUUUCCUGGACGUCCCGAAGGAAGUUGAUCUCAGAGUUGUUGCUAAGGCUUUGCAUCUGAGUAUCAAAGAGAUCAGUGAUAGUUGGAAGAUCAGUGGAGACGUUGUGGGCCUACCUUUGAAGUUUCUGUUGAGAGUUGCUAGAGGAGAAGCAGAUAAGGGAAAUUGGGAAGCUUUUCAUGCCCAGCUUGCUAUUAUGAUCUAUGGGAUCGUCCUGUUUCCGAGCAUGCCCAACUUUGUUGACUAUGCUGCAGUCUGCAUCUUUAUUGGAGGGAAUCCAGUCCCUACUCUGUUAGCCGACACUUACUAUGCUAUCCACAGUAGGCAUGGUAAGGGUGGUGCUAUCAGAUGUUGUCUCCCAUUGUUGCUCAGAUGGUUUAUGUCCCUCCUACCAGUCAGUGGGCCGUUUGUUGAUGCUCAGAGCACUUAUAGGUGGACUCAGAGGGUGAUGUCUCUUACGUCAUAUGACAUCAGAUGGCAUUCUUACCGGAUGGAUGUGCGAGAUGUUAUUAUGAGUUGUGGAGAAUUCCGAAACGUGCCACUUGUGGGGACCAAAGGUUGCAUCAAUUACAACCCAGUUCUUUCUCUUCGCCAGUUGGGGUUCAUUAUGAGUAGAAGGCCACUUGAAGCUAAAAUAGCUGAGAGUGUGUAUUUUGAGAAGCGUACUAACCUUGUUAGAUUGGAGCAGAUUGGGAGAGCUUGGAAGUCUAUUGGUGUCAGAGAUGGAUCCGUUUUAGGGAAGAAGUUUGCCAUUGCUAUGCCUGAUUACACUGAUUGGGUGAAGAAGAGAGUGGAAACUUUGUUGUUGCCCUAUGAUCGGAUGAAUCCGUUGCAAGUGCAACCACCCUUGAUUCUUGCUGAUACUGUGCCAGCUGAGCAGUAUAAGCAAGCUCUGAUGGAGAAUCGCCGCCUGAAAGAGAAAGAGCAAGAUGCCCAGAUGGAAUUGUAUCAAGCCAAAGCUGAUAGGCUAAGUCUGACUCAUCAACUCAGAGAUGCCUAGAGUGCAAGUGUUGGUGGGGUGAGAAGCAAAAAGAGAUCUUAUUCAGAGGUGGAGAAUUUGCUAGAUGCGGAGCGCAGAGAGUGUUCGAGGUUGCAGAGGUCUGAAGCCAGUUAUCUGAAGAAGAUCAGAGACUUGGAGAAGCAACUCAGAGACAAAGAUAUCCAGUUGAAGAAAGAAGUCGACCAGAGACUUGCAUCAGAGACCCAGCUUGGGGCAGAGGUUGUCGAGCUUAGAAGACAGUUGAAGGAGAAGAUCACUCCCUUGCCAGAAUGUUCAGAGUGUGAACUGUUGAUAGACCAGUGUCACUACUUGAAGACGCUCAUUCCUGGAAGUAACUUGUCUUAGCUUGUAUUUCCUGAUGUUUAUGUUGAGAAUCACCCCCAGGCUUG